UAAAAGAGAUAUGUUUAGCACAUCAAUUAUCGAUCCAAUUUGGAAACCACGUUUUUAUGUCCCAAAGGAUUUGUAGCUUUUGUGGGAUCAAAGUUGUUGAUCAUAGAGGACCAACGGGGAUCAGAUGUCCAAAGAACAUAUCUUAUGACUUUUCUUUUGAUACACGUAAUCAGGGACAGGGUGCUGAUGCUAUGUCUUUAGAAAAUCUUUCUUCCACCCCCGAUAAAAGUGAAAAUGGCGCGCUGGAAACCAUGGCGGGUAAUGUACCCAAAACCCCGAAACAAAGCCUUGACGAGACUUUGUCAGCUCUAGAACAAGAGAAUGAAAAACUUUUAGAAGAAAUUAAAUUGCGUGAACUUGUCGAAAAGAACAAAACUCUGAAAAAGAAACUUAAGCAAACAGACUUUAACGUGAAACAAAAACAGGACCAAACUAACAAAAUUGAUUUAAAAUCCUUGAGAAAAGACGAAGACUUGAAACAGAAAAUAACAGAAAAACAGAAAGGAUUAGUGAGCAAAUUAUUCAUAUCUGAUGAUUCCGAUAGUGAUACAGAAUCAGAAGGUGAGAUUCAUUUCACACAAACAUUCAAAACACUUAACUAUCCUAAAUUCAAACUCAAAAAGAAUAAAAACCUUUCAAAAUCUGGUUCGUCUAGAAAAUCUAGUGAUAAGGCAAUUUUUCAUAUCGCAUGGCCUCAUGAGUUUGCCGGGAGUGACGAUAUCGAAUUCAUGUCCUUAAGUAUGCCUGCUCUUGUCAGGGGAGAAAAUUACAUUAUACAUAAUAUUGAACCCGCAGAAUAUAGAGACAAACGUGCUGAACAUCUGACACAGCUUAUGUUUUAUAGUGAACAAUUUAUAUGGUCUGAUGUGCUUGCAUUUCACAAAGAUGUACUACGAGAAAUAGAAACUGGUCGUGCUUCAUGGAAUGACAAUUUUGAAUUUUGCAAAGCACGUCGCUUGCAUCAGUCUCAUCCUAGGUUUUAUUGUUCAGCUUACAACAAAGGUUCAUGCAACAAAAAAGAAUUACACAAAAAUACUCUGGGUUUAUUGGAGGAACAUUUCUGUAGUUCAUGCUGGAUUAAACGAAAAACUAUAAUGAAUCAUGCUGCUAAAGACUGUCAAAGUCAAAAACAGUUCCAGGGUAAUGCAGGUCGAGGUCGAGGUUCAGACUAUGUCCAAAAUUGGCAACAUGACUUUCCUGCACACAGAUGACUAGGAAAAAAACCAGAUCAGACGAAUGGCUAUCACUUCGUCGGAAAGCAAGAACAGUGUUAAAAGCAGCUUUCAGACCGGGAACUUUUAAAAAUUUGAGGACUCAGCUAAAUACAUACCUUUUGUUUUGUGAAAAAUUUUGUAGAUCAGCAUUUCCUGUUGAUCAAGAGACACUCUGCGGAUAUGUGUGUUUUUUGUCAGAUAACUUUAAGAAUAGUGGAUCCGUUAGAAAUUACUUAUCAGGUGUUAAAACGUGGGCCAUUCUGUUAAAUUUUGAUACUGAGGAGUUUAAUUCACCGUCGCUCAGGCUAACCUUGUCAGGUAUUGACAAGCUUAAUACUAAUAUUCCAAAUAUAAAAUUACCAUUUGAACCAUAUCAUUUGAACCGCAUGUUUGAAGUCCUAGAUAUGACAAGUGUACAGGAUGCUGUGAUGUGGGCUGUUAUUAUGAUAAGCUUUUAUGCUAUGCUUAGAAAAUCACAAUUCGCUAACAAUUCAAGGACAACGUUUAACCCUAAGGAGCAGUUAACCAGAGGUGAUAUUCAAAUUACUGAGGAAGGAUUAAUUAUCGAUAUACAGUGGUCAAAAACUAGUCAAAAACAUAAAAAUAUUCACCAGAUUCCUCUUAAAAGAGUCGAGGAUUGUACUCUAUGCCCGGUACUGGCUUAUUCUAGAAUGGUAACAAUGUUGCCUGCACUACCAGGAGAACCCGCUUUCGGUCUAAGUGAUAGUAAGGGAAAGAUUUGUGCCUUUUCAAAGUCAGACAUAGACAAAAUUCUUCACAAACUCUUAGUGCGUUGUGGAAUAGACACUUCACAAUACUCGUUUCACAGCUUGCGUAGAGGCGGUGCAACUUGUGCAUCAGCUGCUGGAUGCUCAGACUCAGAAAUUUGUACAAUAGGCAAUUGGACUUCCUCUUGCUACAAGGGCUACAUCAAACACUCUACUGACAAACUUUAUUACAUUUCAAGCAAGAUGGGACUUUUUUGCAAACUUUCCAACUGAUAAACAUCCAUGAUAAAUUUUAUUUUGUCCUUCCUUCUGAUUU